UGGCAGAUAUUAUUUGUGAACCGGGGCACAGCAUUUGCACCGCUUCUACCGUUUAUAAAUCUCCCAACAAUUGAACCUCGUGCGCCGAUCAUCCCUCCGGACCCCUCUCCCUCUUUCCCCUCUCAUCCUGUAGCUGCUAAUUUUCUUCGUCUCUCGCCCGCCAGCUCGUCGUCGUCAUCCGAUUCCAAGGACGCGACAAUCUCUCGUAAGGAAAUCACCGAGAGCUGUUUCAUUUCUGUCGUCGCUUCUGUGUUCGCCCCAAUCUUCUUGGGGAAUUUCCGUCAAGCGUGGGUGGAGUUCAUCACUUCGAUCCGACCACCAAUCUUUGCUGGCAUCCUUGUGUUGGAUUGAGCGCAGGCAGUAUGCCUUUUCUCCUCAACUUUUGCAUUGGAAUGGUGUAAAGGUGUUCUUCCUUUUCCAUCAUCUCUCUGUCAUUUUCUUUGCUUAAUUUGCAUUCCAAUCAUUUUUCCGGCGGAUUCAUCAUUUCUUCAAGCCAAUUUAAGGCGCUUUGGUGCUCUUUUCUCCAUUCGAGCAACGCGGAGAAGCGCAUUCUUUGCUUCCUGCCGUUAAAAGCCGUCCUUUUUCUGGCUCCAAAUCUGCGUCAGUUUUCUUUCCAUCUUUUCAUCUCUCCCUCGGGAGCAAGGCUUUUUCCUUCUAUUCCAGCAUCAAAAUCCAUUCUUUUCCCCCCUGAGGAAGCGCCCCUUCAAUCGCCCAAAGAAGCUCCGCUGCGGUCUUGACCGACGAGGAGUCCUUGAUGGGGAACCUGGCGGAGAGGCUGAGGGCCUUCUCCACGAACCGAUGGCUCGUGUUCGUGGCCGCAAUGUGGCUGCAGUCCAUGGCCGGAAUCGGGUACCUGUUCGGCGCUAUCUCGCCGGUCGUCAAGGCCGCCCUCGGCUACAACCAGCGCCAGGUGGCGGCGCUCGGCAUCGCCAAGGACCUCGGGGACUGCGUCGGCUUCCUCGCAGGCACGCUCUCCGCCAUGCUGCCGGCGUGGGCGAUGCUGCUCAUCGGCGCCGUCCAGAACUUCCUCGGCUAUGGGUGGCUGUGGCUCAUCGUCACCAAGCAGGCACCGGCGCUGCCCCUCUCCAUGAUGUGUGUACUUAUCUUUGUCGGAACCAAUGGCGAGACAUACUUCAACACAACUUCACUUGUUACAUGCAUCCAGAAUUUCCCAAAGAGCAGGGGCCCAACAGUGGGCAUCCUGAAAGGAUUCGCUGGCCUUAGUAGUGCCAUUCUAACUCAGCUGUAUGCAGUACUGCACACACCAGACCAUGCAACUCUUGUCUUCAUGGUCGCAGUUGGGCCAUCACUGGUUGCCCUUGGCCUUAUGUUUGUUAUUAGGCCUGUGGGGGGUCACCGACAAGUUCGGCCCUCUGACAAGAAUAGCUUCAUGUUCAUAUACUCCAUUUGCUUGCUCCUUGCUUCAUAUCUUGUUGGUGUCAUGCUAGUCCAAGAUUUCCUGAAUCUGAGUGACAAUGUGGUCACUUCUCUCACCGUGAUUCUUUUCAUCUUGCUUAUUUCGCCAAUCGCAAUCCCGGUGACAUUGUCAUUUUUUUCAAAAACCGAAUAUCCAAGUCCAACUGAAGAGGCUCUGCUGUCUGAAGCAUUGAAAGGAGAGGCAAGUACUUCGCAAGAAAAGGAGGAUCAACCAGAAUUGAUUUUAAGUGAGGUAGAAGAAGAGAAGUCUAAAGAAAUAGACUCGUUGCCCCCAUCUGAAAGGAGGAGGAGAAUUGCAGAUUUACAGGCCAAGUUAGUGCAGGCUGCAGCAAGAGGCGGGGUUAGAAUCAGGAGUAGACCCCACAGGGGGGAGAACUUCACCCUGAUGCAGGCACUGGUCAAGGCUGAUUUUUGGCUUAUUUGGUUAUCCCUUCUGCUUGGGUCAGGAUCAGGGCUGACAGUGAUCGACAAUCUAGGUCAGAUGAGCCAAGCUGCUGGGUUUCAAGACGCGCAUAACUUUGUUUCACUGACGAGCAUAUGGAAUUUCCUUGGUCGUGUUGGAGGUGGCUACUUCUCUGAGAUAAUUGUCAGGGAACGUGCAUACCCAAGGCACAUUGCACUGGCACUCGCUCAGAUCCUUAUGGCUGCUGGGCAUUUCCUCUUUGCAAUGGCUUGGCCUGGAACUAUGUACAUGGGAACCUUCUUGGUUGGGCUUGGAUAUGGAGCUCACUGGGCUAUUGUGCCGGCUGCCGUUUCUGAACUUUUCGGCGUAAAACACUUUGGUGCGAUGUACAAUUUUCUCACAGUAGCAAAUCCUACAGGGUCACUGAUCUUCUCAGGUCUCAUUGCAAGUAACUUCUAUGACUAUGAAGCUGAGAAACAAGCACACCGACAUCAGAGCUCGGUGUUGCCAUCUCCGCGAUUGCUUCACGGUUUGGGUUUACUUUCAGAUGGGCCAUUAAAGUGUGAAGGGGCUGUUUGCUUCGUUGUCAGCUCGUUGAUCAUGUCGGUGUUUUGUGUGAUGGGAGCUGGGUUGAGCCUUCUCAUUGUUCACAGGACCAAAAGGGUAUACUCCCGCCUCUAUCGGUCAUCUGUCCGUUGAUGAAGUUCCGUGGAUACAUCAUGUUGAAAGCUCCCUGUUGUUUUUCCAUGUACCAUAUACAUUAUUAAACAUAUGAUCCAAGAAUGAAGAUACACAAAGUUAAAGUUCAUUUGUAAAGUUUCAGGUCAUUUUUCAGAGUUUGUACUGUAAACACACAUGUUCCCAAAUGUAAAUUUGCAGGUCAUUUUUGUCCCAGACUGUGACUCCAUGUAUUUAUAGUAGAAAGCUACUUUAGCUGUAAUGAUCUUUCAGGAUUGCUGCCAAUGCUGAAAACUUAAACUGCUAUUUAUUGGACUAUUUUCGUUCCGGUGUAUGAAUUUCACUCUAGUAAA